UAGUUUAUUUUUGAAGUUAUUUAUUGAAGCAGCUUCUAUUAUUUCAGAUGGUAAGUUGUUCCAUGCAUCUACAACUCGAUUUUGAAAAAAGUGAUAUCUAAAGUUUCAGAGUAAAAAAAAUUUUUUCAAGUGAAGUGUAUGGGUCGUUCAUCCAAGGAUAAACGCGACGUUUAUUAUAGAUUAGCGAAAGAAGGAGGAUGGAGAGCCAGAAGUGCAUUUAAGCUACUUCAAAUUAAUGAAGAAUUUGACUUGUUUACUAAUGUUAACCGUGUAGUAGACCUCUGUGCUGCACCUGGUAGUUGGAGUCAGGUUUUGAGUAGAAAAUUGAUUGAAGAAAGAGAUCAAAAAAAUGCUGUUAAAAUUGUUGCUGUUGAUCUACAAGCCAUGGCUCCUUUACCUGGAGUAAUACAGAUUCAAGGCGAUAUAACAAAGGUAUCAACAGCGAAUGAGAUUAUUUCGCAUUUUGAAGGUGAACCUGCUGAUCUUGUGGUUUGUGAUGGGGCUCCUGAUGUAACUGGUCUUCAUGAUAUCGACGAAUACAUUCAAGGUCAACUUCUUUUAGCUGCUUUUAACAUUACAAGUCAUGUGCUUAAAAUAGGUGGUAAUUUUGUUGCAAAGAUUUUUCGCGGUAAGGAUGUAAAUUUGCUCUAUUCUCAGAUGAAGUUGUUUUUUACUGAUGUUACCGUAUGCAAGCCAAGAAGUAGUAGGAACUCGAGCAUAGAAGCAUUUAUUGUUUGUCUUAACUACUUUCCACCUGAAGGCUACAUACCUACAAUGGCAAAUCCUCUUUUAAAUCAAGAUUUAGAUUAUAGCAGCUUGGAGGGGAUAAACUGCAUGCUGACGCCUUUCUUAGCUUGUGGUGACUUAAACUCGUACGAUUCAGAUAUGACAUAUCCUCUUGAACUUGAAGACGGUAACGACUAUAUUCAACUUCCGCCAACGCAAGCUCCUAUUAAGCCGCCGUAUGAAACGGCUUGUGAGCUUAAAAAGAAAAACAAAAUUCAAGAAGAAGGACUUUCUGUAAAUAUUUUAACGUAGCAAAUAUAAACAAUUUUUGUAAAGGUUUUAUGAAUAUGUAGUGCAGGGCCGAA